AUACGAUGGCGUUUUCAUUGCCAUGGAGUCACCGUCCAUCCAUCCAGUGCCAUGUCCAACCAUCCAUCCAUCCCCCCGCAGUCACUCACUGCCCACAUCUCAGUGAGUGAGUGAGUGAGUCAGCCAGCCUGCCUCGUGGACAUACACUUCAUCCAUCCAUGGAUGCCAUGUGCUGUUGUCGCGUCCAAGCUUGCCUUCUGCCCGCCCUCACUCGACCGACGACCACCGACACACCAGUGAGUGUAUGGAUGGACUCUGUGGCUGGUCGGUCGGGUGAGGGGAAAGGCAGCGGCAGGUAGCAGCAGACAGAGGGGAGGCAGGUAUGUAACGCCAUAGGUAUGGCCGUGAGAAAACAGACGAUAGAUACGUGAGGCUGCAGAUAGCUAGGAAAGACACGCACAUCAGCCGGACGGACGAGCAUUCAUCCAUCCGCCAAGACGACCAUGUAUAAAAAUUGCAGAUGCUGUGUGCCUGCUGCCCCUCAUCCCCUGAUCUCGGCCGUCAUGUGUGCUUAAUCCCAAGGCAAUAUUUCUUCCACCCCACCAGCUCACACUCACUCUUUUCAACAGUGUAGUGUGGUGUGACCCGCAUGGCGCACUCAUCCGCAAACGAGCGGAGGUCGGCCAGCUUUGUGGCCUUCCUCUUUCCCUCCAGCUCACUCUCAUCCAACACAGCAACCAACUCGACACUCACUGGUCGCACAGCCAAAGCUAGCUUGAUGAACUCUGCCACGCCUGCCUUGCUGCGUAGGUGUGAAGAGGUCAGGCGAUGGAUGCGAGGGCACCGGUCACCCAAUGUGCCAGAAGCAUCCGCCGGCCUCUCGCACACCACACACCCAAUCGGCUCACAACACUCGACCUCAUCUAGCUCCCCCACAGCGAAAUAGGAGAGAGGCUCACUCGCGGCAGCGAAGCUAGACACACCAUCGAGAUCGACACGCUUGAGUGUCGUCAGCCGGCCCAGAAACGGCCUCAGCUUGCUGCUGGCGGCACGCAGCUCAGCCAAGAACAGCGAAGAAGACCGCACCGUCAAUUGCUCGACAGCGGGGAAGCAUCGGCUGGUCGCCCCCUGCCCAUCUCCCUUCCUCUCGCUCAGCCAUGUGGGGAUGCUGUCGACCACCUCUGAUGCGCUUGCGCCACGCUUGAUGUCGAUCUCGAGUGUCGUGGCGUUGUGGCAGAUGAGCUUGUGACGCCACGACUCGUGGAGCGGGGCGCCGCCCAGAUCCAAGACAACCUGAGCGAAUGCAGACACAGACAUUUGGCCCUGUCUGAUGCACUCCCUCCCUCCCUGCUUUGUCUGUGCGCUCCUUACAAUGGUCGCAUUGGCUGCCAGUCGCGUGGCGAUAUCUCCGUAGAGGCCGCCUGGUGCAGGGAGGACAGUGGCAGCGCCGCUGCUGCAGUCGAGGGUCACCCAGCCGUAUCCGCCCAGCUCCCACUCGAGCUCACAGCCGACGUCCACGGCCCACUUUCUGAAGGCCUCCACGUCCGCCAUGCGUAUCCUCCGCUGGCGGUAGUCCACACCGAUCGACAGAUGCGGAGUGACGAACUCCAGCUUCUUGCGGACACCUGCAGUGAGCAGGGACACAGAGGAGAUGAGUGCUGUGCUAGAGAUAGUACUGCUGUGGAUGCUCGUGCUUUGCGUACCCCUUUUCUCUGGUGUGCUGCUCCAGUGCGUUCUGAGGGCGUCUUUGAGCCUAUUGAGGCGGCCAAACUGGCUGGGGAUGUCAAUCUCCAGGCCGGUGAUGGUGGUGAGGUAUGGGCAGCGACCCAGGGCGGCGGUGAAGUCGGCCCACUGGCGAUAGUCGAGUCCGAUGCGGUCGCCCUCCAGACGCUCGAUCUUGGGUGAUUCGUGGAGCAGACGAACCAAGGAGGCGGCAUCCUCGUCGCUGUAGAUGCGGCCGACCCGGAGUGUGGUCAGGGCCGGGAAGAUCCACCGACGUCUCCUGCAGAUGAACACAUGAGCACAUGUCAAUCAUAGGCAGCAGUGGAUGCCGCCCCCCCGUCAGCCCCACUUGCCUUUGGACAUACACACCUGAUGUGUCUGAUGGUGUCACUGUUGUGGGGGUGGAGAAAAGUCAACUUGAGGAAUGCGACGUCGCAGUCAGACGCGUCAACCUCCUUUGCACAGCCGCGGACGUCCAGCGUGAGGCUCUCGAGUGUCGUCCUGCAUGACUCCAGGUACUCCGACAACACGACACGCGAUUCCACGUCAGACGCCCACACAGACGCAGUCUUCAUCUUGUCCUGCACACACACACACACACAGACGAGGUCGCAUCUCACCAUCUGUGUGUGUGUGUGUGUGUCAAACAUGUGCCCACCCCAGCCCUCCCUCUCACCAUGUGCUGCAUCUCCUUGUUCACGUCCUCUACCUUGCUGUAGCUGUCCUCCUCGUCUUCAGUCACAGUGAAUUCGCGGAAGAGGCCGGAAGUCUCGUCGAUGGCCAUCGUGCGGAUGUCCUUGUUGACCUUGGCCAGACAAGCUGACAUCUUGGUGGUCAUGAGGGAGCCCAUGUGGCUGAAGACGUCCUCAGGCAGACCACACAGACUCGGACGGCCGUAUCUCUGAUGCACACAUGCACAGACAGAUACACACUGAGGAAAGCAGUGAUGGUGGCUGUCAUUUCUCUGUGUCACCUUUGGCUUGUUCAUCGGCUUUCGUGUCGCUGCUGCAGCACCGCACACAGCCAUCGACCCACCUGAAGGCACCACACAACACAGCCACACACGCGCAUUGUCAAGCGUCUGCAGCCCAUCAGUGCGUGUGGGAGGGGGGUACCUCCAACCGCAGCAGCAGCAGCAGCAGCAGCCAGACUGUCCACCUGUUCACGCUUCGCAUCACCGACAGCCACCUGAACACAUGACGUCACGCUUGUCCACCACCUCAUGCGUGUGCGUCGGCCUGUUUGUGAGUUUGUGCGUACCGCCUUGCUGUGCUGUGCGACCUCAUCGGCACGAGCCAGCCCCUCAGACACGAACGCCCUAAAGUCAGCCACAUUGGGCUGACAUGGAUAGACAGACAGACAGACACACAGACAGACUGGGAAUGAUCGGCGUGUGAGCCGAUCCCAAUCGUACAGGUGUCUUGUGGGUUUUGUGGUCAGUCGACGUCUCUGACAGCUCCUUGGUCAAGGCCGAGUGAGCGUCGGUGAGAGCAUCCAAAACGAUCGACAGACGGCCAGGCAGCGAUGCACUAUCCUGCAGGCACAGACAGAACAGUGGGUAACAAGUGAGUGCCGCUGUUCGGCUGGCUGUGUGGUCUGCAUGUGGACCUGUGCGUUGUCGGCAAGUGUGGCUAUGAUGUGCUCUGCCCGCUCAAGGUCAGACACAAACUGAGGCACAACCUGCAAGCCACAACCAAGACACCAAAUGUGACUCCUGCCAGCAGUGCGUAUGGCGCCCUCUCCGCCCCUCACCGAGCGCAUCGAACGUAUCUUCUGCAGAAGAUCACGAGGGCUGCCACCGCCGCUCGCCAGACCGCCCUGCCCAACUGCAGCAGCACCAGCAACAUUUCACAAAGAUCAGGAUGGCCAACCACAUCAGGCAUGGGUGUGAUGGUGGUGUGGUGACCUGCAGAGGCAGCCGCGUCGUCACCGCUGUCUACCUCCACUAGACCUACUGCACCGGCAGCGCUUCUCAGCUGCUUCCACAU